UUUUGCGAAUUUCAGCAGCGUUUAGAAUAGCCGAUAGAAAAUGAGUGGUGGGACAGCAGAUCAUUUCUAUAGAGAAGCUCAGCGCCUUGGUUAUGUUGCCCGCUCUGCCUUCAAGCUGGUUCAGAUACAAAAACAAUACCAGUUGAUUAAACCUGGUUCUUCUGUUCUUGACCUCGGUUGUGCUCCUGGUGCUUGGCUUCAGGUAGCUUGUCAAAGUCUUGGUCCAAUGAAAAAUGGUGGGGUGGUUGUCGGCAUUGAUCUUAAGAAGGUGAAAGUUCCUUCAACUCACUGCGAUUCAAGGGUUUCAACUAUUAGUGCAGAUGUCAUGAACCUCCCUAAAGAUGAAGUUUUAAAUCUCUCCCCUCAGAAAAAAGGAUUUUCAGUUCUGUUAUCAGAUAUGUGUCCACUUGUUUCUGGUAUAACAACAAGAGAUGCCGCUUUAUCCAUGGAGUUAGGAAUGCGAGCGCUUGAUUUGGCACUUGGUAGAUCUAAACUGCCUUAUUACUCCUUAGAAGAUGACCAACUAGAAAAGCAAUCAGGCAAAGAAAAUGAUGAUGACGUUGGUGUUCUCAAAACUGGAGGGCAUCUUAUUGUCAAGCUUUUAGAGAGCGAAGAUACAAAAGAGUUGAGCAAGAUCUGCAAGCCUUUGUUUAGAAAGUCUUCGUGGUUGAGGCCUAAAGCUACAAGAUCAAACUCCAGAGAGAUUUAUUUGAUUUGCCAGGAUUUGCAUUAGCUACACACUUACACUAAUCAAGAUAUUCUUGAUGCCCCUAUAAAUUUUUGAGUUUUGUUAAUGACAGCCCUAAGGGCUGUCAGUAUUAAUUAACUUGAUGCUUUAAAAUU